UCUCCAUCCGCUUAUAAAUUCACCAACCCCAACUCCCCUCUCUCUCCAUUCAAACACUGCACGUACCAUUUCUUCCAUUAUUCUCCUUUCUUUCUUUCUUUCUUUCUCUUGCCAUGAGCUCCUCAAACAAGAACACCAUUAAGAAUGGUGACACCCAGAACUCCCUUCAUCUGGAAUCGGGGUCACCAGCGCAGCCAAGUCCGAUUUGGAAGCUGGUGGCGGUAGCCUCCAUCGCUGCCGGUAUCCAGUUUGGCUGGGCUCUACAACUCUCCCUACUAACACCUUACAGUCAGCUUCUCGGAGUGCCUCACCAAUGGUCCUCUUUCAUCUGGCUCUGCGGCCCCAUUUCCGGCAUGGUUGUCCAGCCAAUAGUUGGUUACUAUAGCGACCGAUGUACCUCCAAACUCGGCCGCCGCCGUCCUUUCAUUCUUGCCGGCGCCGCUGCUGUCGCCAUAGCUGUUUUUCUCAUUGGCUUUGCCGCCGACAUUGGCCAUGCCUUUGGGGACAACCUGAACAAGAAAACCCGCCCACGCGCUGUAGCCAUAUUUGUGAUCGGAUUCUGGAUCUUGGACGUGGCGAACAACAUGCUCCAAGGCCCCUGCCGAGCGUUCCUGGGCGACCUUGCCGCUGGUGAUGAACGGAAAACGAGGCUGGCAAACGCGUUCUUCUCGUUCUUCAUGGCAGUGGGAAGCGUACUCGGUUACGGUGCGGGGUCCAUUGACAGCCUCCACAAAGUUUUUCCAUUCACGCAGACAAAAGCGUGCGAUGUGUUCUGCGCAGACUUGAAAAGUUGCUUCUUCUUCUCGAUCCUCCUACUGCUGUCGUUGACAGGUGUAGCUUUGUUCUACGUGCCGGAUAAACAAGUAUUACGUGAGAAGUCAGCUGUGGGAGAAGAAGAUGAGAGAUCGGCAGCAGUUGUAUGCUUCGGAGAAAUGUUGGGGGCGCUAAAAGGGCUGAAGAAGCCCAUGUUGCUACUAAUGGCGGUUACGGCAAUAAACUGGUCGGCGUGGUUUGCAUACUUCUUGUACAAUACUGAUUGGAUGGGUAAGGAGGUAUACGGUGGAGAGGUUGGAAAUCAAGCGUAUAAAGACGGCGUCCAAAAGGGUGCUUUGGGUCUUUUGAUAAAUUCCGUGGUUUUGGGUGUUAUGUCUUUGGGUGUGGAACCCAUUGGACGUGCGGUUGGUGGUGCUAAGAAUCUCUGGGGAAUUGUUAAUUUUGUCCUUGCGGCUGGCUUGGCCAUGACUGUAUAUAUCAGCAAGGUCGCUAUGCACCAGCGUCAUCUUAAUCCCCACUACAUUGGUCAUCCCUCCACUGGCGUUCAGGCUGGAGCCUUGUCCUUUUUUGCUGUUCUAGGCAUUCCUCUUGCGAUAACAUACAGUGUCCCAUUUGCAUUAGCAUCCAUCUAUUCAAGUGAAACUGGUGCUGGACAAGGUUUAUCUUUGGGAGUUCUUAAUCUUGCCAUUGUGGUUCCGCAGAUGAUAGUGGCAGCAAUUAGCGGACCAUGGGACAAAUUAUUUGGAGGUGGCAAUUUGCCGGCGUUCGUGGCAGGUGCGGUGGCGGCCGCCGUGAGUGGUAUAAUGGCAAUUUUCAUGCUACCUUCUACAAAGCAAUCGGAAGCGGCUAAAGCUGCUCUCCCCAUUGGUGGUUUCCAUUAGCUUGCAAUAUUUUUGUGAAUAUCAGAAGGGAGCAUUUAAUUUUCAAGGUUCCCUUCUGUUUUUCCUUUUUUGGGGUGGAAGCCAUAGAGGACACAAGUCAUGGGUGUCUUUUACUGUAAUUUUAGACUACCUUUGGUGCUUUAGUUGAUUAAUUAGGGAUUGUGCUUGUUGUAAUGUAGAUAACGCUGUUCUUACAAGAGUUUGUGUUUAUGUUCAUCACUUGUUUUUGUUCUCUUUUUGGGUUCUCCUAUCAACUAAUAAUGCACCUUAUUACUAUCUUCUUCAUAA